UUCGAUUCGCGGAAUCAUUUUCUGGUUCGUUUUCUUCUAGGGCUUAGCUAUGUUGGAAUGAAGCAGCGAUCGCUUGGCAUCGCUGUGUUGUGGCGCAGAUGGCGGGCUGGAUGGGGGCGAUCCACCGGCAGCUGGAUUCAUGGCAGCGCCUGCAAUCCCAAUGGCAGCAGUGGCCGCCAUGGCCGCUCCAGUUCACCUGGAAAUGGCCGUGGCAAGAUGGGGAGCGCGAGAGGAAGCGGCUCAAGGAGGAGUGUGAGCGGCGGCGUGCCCAAGUGGAGACGCUGUGCAAGACUGUCAAGGCGGAUACCCUAGCCGAGUUGCAGGAGCUGCUGGGAGCCAUGGUGCUCUCGGAAUGCGUCUACAAGAAACCUGAUCACGACGUGGUACGAGCAGUGAACAAGUUCAAGGCUGAUUUUGGUGGGCAAUUGGUGUCGCUGGAUGGAGUCCAAGCUUCUUUGGAUCACGUCCCUCACCGGUAUUUAUUGGCGGAAGGAAAGGACACGCUCUACGCUUCUUUCGUGGGAACCAACCAUUACAAGGAUGUCAUUGCCGAUGCAAAUGUGUUGCAGGGAGCAAUCUUUCAUGAAGAAGAUCUGGCGAGUUUGACUGGCGAUGAGGAAGCGAAUGAAGCGGAGCCUGUUGUUAAAGGACUUGGGGCGGACGCAUCACCGUUGGUGAAGCAACAAAAGUUCAGCCCAAAGCCAGCUGCGCACAAGGGAUUUUUAGGCCGUGCGAAAGGGAUCCCGGCUGUAGAAAUCUACCGACUUGCCCAGGAGAAAGAUAAAAAACUUGUUUUGUGUGGCCAUUCAUUAGGAGGAGCUGUCGCUGUCUUAACCACGCUUGCGAUUUUGAGAGUAUUUUCAUCGCGAAAUGGUGGAAAGCUUAAUGUUAAAUGUAUAACUUUUUCCCAACCUCCAGUUGGGAAUCGUGCACUUCGAGACUAUGUUCAUCGAAGUGGAUGGCAACAACAUUUUCACACUUAUUGCAUUCCUGAAGAUGUUGUCCCUCGUAUACUGUCACCAGCGUAUUUCCAGCAUUACCAUGAAGCUGGUCAAGAACAAGUUCCCGUAAGAGCUGAACCGGAUUUGAAAAAGUCCGCUGGCAACGAACGUAUGGCACUGGGCUUAGGACCAGUUCAAACGUCACUUUGGCGGUUGUCAAGGCUGGUUCCCCUGGUUAGCGCUCAAAAUACGUUGCAGUGGCUGAAGGGCAAGAAAAAAAGCGUAGCCCUUGCUGCUGCACCACCCUCUAUGGAGACGAAAGCAGGAGAUGAUUCACGACUUGUAGAGCCGCUUGAAAUUCGAGAAGGGACAGAAGGCGUCUCUCUUGUUCCUCUUCGUCCAGACGAUUCUCCUUCUACUGAAGGAAAAUCUGCUGCCAGCAAGCAGCCCGAUUGGCGGAAACGAGUACUUCCUCUGCCAUCAUACAUACCGUUUGGGCAGCUUUAUUUGUUGCAGAAGCUAUCUGUGGAACCCUUAUCUGCUUCUGAAUACACACGUCUGACUUCGGUGCAAUCGGUGCUAUUGGAAUUGCGAGAUCGUUUUCAGUCACAUACCAUGAAGUCAUACCGCACCCGGUUCCAAAAAAUCUUCGAACAUUGUCUGGGUCCAGAAGCACCAUCUCCAGUCUUUAUGAUGGAGCACCUUCCUCACUUGCCUCACUUGCGGCAAUGGCUAGGUGUUGAUGGAGCUGGCAUGGCAGAGCUAAGAAAAAUCGCAGGACCUUUAAUCAUCCGGACAGCUACUUCUCUUGUUCCUCUCGGUUGGCGGGGAUCUCCGGGGGAGAAAGGAUGUGAACCUCUAAAAGUGGAUGUGCAAGGAUAUGGUUUACAUCUUUGCACUCUUGUGCGUGCACAAGUGAAUGGCCGCUGGUGUGCUACAAAAAUUGAAAGCUCACCUGUUCCACCAACACCAUUUCCGGUGGUCGAGGAAACAGGAUUGCAGACAAUGAGAAUACGCAUUGGUGCACCACUCUCCGCAAAACCUGAUGUAGAAGAGGCUGCCGUGGACAGUGAGGGUGUGAAGACCGUCAAUAUUCCUGUGGAAGGUCUAAGUCAAGUUACUAUACAAUGUAGCACUGACUUUGUGACGUCUUCGAAGAGCGUGUCUAUGAAACUAAGACGGGUACGACUUUUGGGAUUGGAGGGUGCUGGAAAGACAUCUCUAUAUUAUGCACUGAUGGGCCAGGGUGGUGGUGUUAGCAUGAACACUGAUACCGACGGCUUUUUUCCAGACAUGGAGUGGCGUGAAGGCGUUUCAUGCGGUGUAGGAUAUGUAGAUGCGGCAGGCGUUAACUUGCAGGACCUGUCAUACGAAUCAGAACAGCUGAAGAAUGAGUUGUCGAGAGCGGAUCCGUAUAAAAGCCUUGACUUGGUAGUUCUUGUGCACAAUCUGGCUCACAAGAUUCCCAGGCUGCGACAACAGGCUGUCGAUCACUCUCGACCAGCUCUCGGCACCCUCCUGGACGAGAUCACUACUGCUGAUGUCCCUUUCGUUUUAGCUCUCACGAACAAGUUCGCUGUGAGUGCCGACCGGCGUCAGCUUGCAAGCGUUGCAGCCAUGGAUGCGUACAAGUCCACUCCCGACUUGACAGUGGUUGUCAACUCGUGCCCCUACACUGUUCACGGCCGUGGUGGAACGUCCGAGAGCCUAUUGCAAAGCAACUCUGGUGGUGACAAAGUCCCAGGAACGGCGCAGAGAAUAAUCUCCGCUCCCAUAAACCUCGUCCAGAUGCCAUUUCGAAGGAAGGAGGAGGUCCUUCCAGUUGAAGGCGUGAAGAACUUACGAGCUCUCGUGCAUCGUGUCUUGCUGACGAGAGAAGAAGCCGCUUUCGAGGAGCUUCAAAGAGCGACGCUGGAAGAGCAAGUGAGAAGAGAAGUUCCUCAGCAAAGGAUUGGUUUUGUUCAUGGAAAAUCUGGGAAUGGCACUGCCGCAGCGCUGGGAGCUGCGCUCGGCGCUGGAUUUGGAGUUGUAGUGGCGAUCGUCGUGGGAGCAUCCGCAGCGCUUGGCAAACCAUAAAGGAUUUGACGAACAAACAACAAACUCUCUUUGUUGUUUGAAAGUCACCAAUCGUUGAUUUAUAAACAAGGUUACAUAAUAUUUCUAGCUCUA